AGGACCUCUUCACUGUAAACGUCCCUGGUCAAGGCUCCAGGGAUCUUCAGGUUGGAGCGGGGUUUCAAAGGCGAGGGGCGCUGAAUGAAAUAAACUGUGAGGGCUGAGACAGGAAUUCCUGUGAUUUCAUUGAGUCCAACUGCAUCCGCUCCGCGCACAGAGCUACAGAAACCGAGAAAUGGGGAUCAAGGAAGAGCCAUUUUUCUGACAAAUACACUGCAACUGGCCGAUCUUCCAACUGCGGGAGACUUCUCCCAACCCGGCAGGGCGAGUGUAGGGCACGCGAGGUCCUGCCGAGUCGGGACGCGGGCGGUGUGCGCGUCCCAGCCUCACCGCAGACGUAGAUAAGCGAGCUGAGAAUGAAGCGGAGAGCAUCGGACAGAGGAGCUGGGGAAACGUCAGCCAGGGCGAAGGCUCUUGGCGGUGGCAUUUCCGGAAAUAAUGCAAAGAGAGCUGGACCAUUCAUCCUGGGUCCCCGUCUGGGCAACUCCCCAGUGCCAAGCAUUGUGCAGUGUUUGGCGAGGAAAGACGGCACAGAUGACUUCUAUCAGCUGAAGAUCCUUACCCUUGAGGAGAGGGGGGACCAAGGAAUAGAAAGCCAAGAGGAAAGGCAAGGCAAGAUGCUGUUGCACACCGAGUACUCUCUGCUUUCCCUCCUCCACACGCAGGACGGCGUGGUUCACCACCACGGGCUCUUCCAGGACCGCACCUGUGAAGUCGUCGAGGACACGGAAUCCAGCCGGGUGGUGAAGAAGAUGAGGAAGCGCAUCUGCCUCGUCCUGGAUUGCCUCUGUGCACACGACUUCAGCGACAAGACCGCCGACCUCAUCAACCUGCAGCACUACGUCAUCAAGGAGAAGAGGCUCAGCGAGCGGGAGACCGUGGUCAUCUUUUACGACGUGGUGCGUGUCGUGGAAGCCCUGCACCAGAAAAACAUUGUGCACAGAGACCUGAAGCUUGGGAACAUGGUGCUCAAUAAGAGUGAUCACGGUGAUGACCAUAUGGAUCGACCGAGGGGGACAAAAGUGGCCCCCAUAGAUGGACUUCAGAGCCCUGCCGAACUUCCUUUUCACUCUGUGACGCAUCGGAUAACCAUCACCAACUUCUGCCUCGGGAAGCAUCUCGUGAGCGAGGGGGACCUGCUGAAGGACCAGAGAGGGAGCCCUGCCUACAUCAGCCCAGACGUGCUCAGCGGCCGGCCGUACCGGGGCAAGCCGAGCGACAUGUGGGCCCUGGGCGUGGUGCUCUUCACCAUGCUGUACGGCCAGUUCCCCUUCUACGACAGCAUCCCCCAGGAGCUCUUCCGCAAGAUCAAGGCCGCAGAGUACACCAUCCCUGAGGACGGGCGCGUGUCUGAGAACACCGUGUGUCUCAUCCGGAAGCUGCUGGUCCUCGACCCCCAGCAGCGCCUUGCUGCCGUAGAUGUCCUGGAGGCCCUCAGUGCCAUCAUCGCAUCUUGGCAGUCCCUGUCGUCGCUGAGCGGGCCUUUGCAAGUGGUUCCUGAUAUCGACGACCAGAUGAGCAACGCAGACAGCUCCCAGGAGGCAAAGGUGACAGAGGAGUGCUCCCAGUAUGAGUUUGAGAACUACAUGCGGCAGCAGCUGCUGCUGGCGGAGGAGAAGAGCUCCAUACACGAGGCCCGGAGCUGGGGGCCCAAGCGGCAGUUCGGCAGCGUGCCCCCCGUGCGGCGGCUGGGCCACGACGCGCAGCCCAUGAACCCCCUGGACGCGGCCAUCCUGGCACAGCGCUACCUGCGCAAGUAGCCCCCUGGCCAGGGCGCCGCCCCCCCACCCUCUCUUCCCGGCCCCCAGCCCGCGGCCCGGACUCUCCCCCCACCGGCUGCGAUGGGGCAGGGACAGCGCAGGUCACACAUGGGCUCAGCAGACCACAAAGCUACCUUGGGAAUGAUCGCUUGAUUGUUUGGUUUUUUUAAUCUGAGAAGCCUAGAUAACUAAUCUGCUUUUAAUCAUGACGUUUUAAUCUACCUCUGGCUCUUUAACCAUGCUGUCUCCGGACUGAGUGAGAGGGAGGAGGAGGGAGCCCGGCCAACUGGCCCAGGGCAGCUGCCCCCCACCCCCCAAGGACAGAUAAGCUGAACUCCAGCUCGGCUGCUGGCUCCCAGAAUGAACGCCCACCACCCCCCAUGGCCCUCCCCGGCCCCCUCCCAGUCUGUGUCCGUCCCUCCCCUUCUGACCCCAGGCCCCUCAGUCCAAGCUUUGGAAAACUUCACCUCAUCUUAAGCAGAAUUCAGAUAUAUUUAUUUUUGUACUGAAACCCACUUCUCUCCCAUCUCUAGGUGGCUUGGCCAGUGGCCGCUCCCCACCCCCGCCCCCACCGACCUGGCUGGACGGCAGGGAGUCCACUGCCCACAGAUGGGCCCCCUCCUGGCCCCCAGGCUCAGAAGCCCCUUCUUGCCGGCCCCUCCACCUCCAGCCCACCAGUCCCUCCUGUUUCUGGUGAUGGGGAGGCCUCUCUAGACUUGGUUCUCCUUCUCCCACUCUGUAGCUUUUCUGAGGUGCUGUGUACCCUCGCAUUAAGCCUGGUUUCUUUCUGCGCCCCACACCGUGGUACCGAGGUGACGCUGACACAGACGCCGAAGGGGUGCCUGGUGGUCGGGUGAGGAGGGGACGCUGGGCCAACUGUGCACAGGUGGGCCCUGCUCACAUGCCCUGUUGCUCCCCACACCCCUCUGUGUUCACAGAGUGGUGGGGGCAUCUCCCCUCCUGUUCUUGCCUCAUACUGGAUGUGGGUCUCUCCAGCAGACCCUGGCCAGAGCCCUUCCUCGGGGCUGUGGGGCUUGUGGGGAGAGCUAUAAGGACUGGGGGGGCCUGUCUGGCUUGAGAACAGCCCUGCUGCCCUUUAUGAGCCGAGAUUUUGAAGUGGAUGCCCGUCUUGCCAGAAACACUGUUCUCACCAGAAUGCCCUUCCCUCCCACUCUCCCUCACUGGACUUGGCCUUGCCCGGUGCCGAGCAAAGACCGUUCCUCUGGCCUGGCCCCCCUGGCCCCCCUGGAAAGGCUGAGUGUUGCCCUCCAGGCAGCCCUGGGCCCUCAGGCCCUUCCUGUUUUUGCUCCCCAGUGGGGAGGUGACCGAGGCCUGUGUGACCUUGUUUCCCAGAGUGUGAGCUGCCCCCUCCCCAAAAGCUGACUCACUGUGAGUGACUUGGGCAAGUUCCCAAACCUCCUUGUGCCUCAGUUUCCCCAUCUGGAAAAAAUGGGGCCACCUCUUGCCAGCAGUAGCAGGGCCGCCCAUGCCCCCUCCUCCCCAUGCCCCCAUCCCAGCACUUGGGCGCCUCAUGCCUCUGCCUCAGUGGGUCUGUGGGAGCCCGCCUGAGCCCAGCACUUAGUCCCCUUGAGCACCAGACUCUGUCUCUGUUGGUGGCCAUUCACCAAGAGCCAGGGUGCCGUGCUGUGGAGGCGGGGGAUGUCCUCUUUUCUAUAUUUAUUUCAAAAAGAAGUCUCCCAAGGGAGUAGAAAUGCAGUCUGGCCUAGGGCUCCCAGCCCCUGUGACUGUCCUCCCAUGAGGGUCUCGGCUGCGUACCUGUCCAGCAGCCUGCCAGGACUCUCUGGGCUUGCUUGCCACGGGUGGGCUUUCUCCUCCUUUUCAAAGCAAUACCCUCGGGGGUCUGCAGAGCCUUAUCAGACAGGCUGGGCCCUCCAAGGUCAGCCCCUGAGUCUGAUGACGUUCGUGGCAAAGCAGAUGAGAGGAGGUUGGGCCUGCCUCACUGGGUGUCACACACUGAGAGGUCCUGUUGUAAAGAAACAAAACAGAAAAAGUCACAAAAAAGUUUGUAUAAAGACAUAUUUUUGUACUACAUGGGGACUCUUCCUGCAUGUCAGCAAUAAAACUUCCUGACCUGGA